AAUGUCUGGACUACUUGCAACAAGUUUCUGUCCCUUCUCCGACUUCUGUCCCAACCCAGUUUGUAAUCUUAUAAGACAAAACAAAAAAAUUCAGGGAUUAUGUCAACGGUUCCUAGUCAUGCGGAACAGAUCCUUUCUACCUCAGACCUAACCGCCACCCGCUGGAUGAACUUCCGUUUCCGGUUACCUAGUUUCCUUGGAAACUAGCACGCGCUACAAUUUUGGCGGCUAUGGCGUGGCAAAGCAGCUCUAAAGUUCCCGACGGUGAGUUCACAGCGGUGGUGUACAGGCUCAUCCGCGACUCCCGCUACUCAGAGGCGGUGCAGCUGCUAAGCGCAGAGCUGCAGAGAAGCUCCCGCAGCCGCGCAGGGCUGUCGCUGCUGGCCUACUGCUACUACCGCCUGCAGGAGUUCGAGCUCGCUGCAGAGUGCUAUGAGCAGCUGAGCCAGAUGCACCCGGAACUCGAGCAGUACCGCCUGUACCAGGCCCAGGCGCUGUACAAGGCCUGCCUGUAUCCAGAAGCCACCAGGGUCACCUUCCUCCUGGACAACCCCGCCUAUCAGACUCGAGUCCUUCGUCUCCAGGCUGCUAUCAAGUACAGUGAAGGUGACCUCCCAGGAGCCAGGAGCCUGGUGGAGCAGCUGCUGAGUGGGGAAGCUGGAGAAGACAGUGGAGGGGAGAAUGACCCAGAUGGUUUGGUCAACAUGGGUUGUCUGCUCUACAAGGAGGGACACUAUGAAGCUGCCUGCUCCAAGUUCUUAGCGGCCCUGCAGGCUUCUGGCUACCAGCCUGACCUUUCCUACAACUUGGCAUUGGCCUAUUACAGCAGUCGGCAGUACGCGCCUGCUCUGAAGCAUAUCGCUGACAUCAUUGAGCGUGGCAUCCGUCAACACCCAGAACUCGGUGUGGGCAUGACCACGGAGGGCAUUGAUGUUCGCAGUGUUGGCAACACUGUAGUCCUUCACCAGACUGCUCUGAUUGAAGCUUUCAACCUCAAGGCAGCCAUAGAGUAUCAGCUGAGAAACUUUGAGGUAGCCCAAGAAACUCUCACUGACAUGCCUCCUAGAGCAGAGGAAGAGCUGGACCCCGUAACCCUCCACAACCAGGCUCUGAUGAACAUGGAUGCCAAGCCCACAGAGGGCUUUGAAAAGCUCCAGUUUCUGCUCCAGCAGAACCCCUUUCCCCCAGAGACCUUUGGCAACCUGCUGCUGCUCUACUGUAAAUAUGAGUAUUUUGACCUGGCAGCUGAUGUCCUGGCAGAAAAUGCCCACUUAACUUACAAGUUCCUCACACCCUAUCUCUAUGACUUCUUGGAUGCCAUGAUCACUUGCCAGACAGCUCCUGAAGAGGCUUUCAUUAAACUUGAUGGGUUGGCUGGCAUGCUGACUGAGCAGCUCAGGAGACUCACUAAGCAAGUUCAAGAAGCAAGGCAUAACAGAGAUGAUGAAAUUAUUAAAAAGGCUAUGAAUGAAUAUGAUGAAACUCUUGAGAAAUAUAUUCCUGUACUGAUGGCCCAGGCAAAAAUCUACUGGAAUCUUGAGAAUUACCCAAUGGUAGAGAAGAUCUUCCGCAAAUCUGUGGAAUUCUGUAAUGACCAUGAUGUGUGGAAGCUGAAUGUGGCCCAUGUCCUCUUCAUGCAGGAGAACAAGUACAAAGAGGCCAUUGGUUUCUAUGAGCCCAUUGUCAAGAAGAAUUAUGAUAACAUCCUGAGUGUCAGUGCUAUUGUGUUAGCCAACCUCUGUGUUUCCUAUAUCAUGACAAGUCAAAACGAGGAAGCUGAGGAGCUCAUGAGGAAGAUUGAGAAGGAGGAGGAACAACUCUCUUAUGGUGACCCAGACAAGAAAAUCUACCACCUUUGCAUUGUGAAUUUGGUGAUAGGAACCCUGUAUUGUGCCAAAGGAAACUAUGACUUUGGCAUCUCUCGGGUUAUCAAAAGCUUGGAGCCUUACCAUAAAAAGCUAGGCACCGAUACGUGGUAUUAUGCCAAGAGAUGCUUCCUGUCCUUACUAGAGAACAUGUCAAAGCACAUGAUAGUGCUUUGUGACGGUGUUGUUCAAGAAUGUGUCCAGUUUCUAGAGUACUGUGAACUUUAUGGUAGAAACAUCCCUGCUGUUUUAGAACAGCCCUUAGAGGAAGAAAGAAUUCACACCGGGAAGAAUACAGUCACAUAUGAGUCCAGACUGUUGAAAGCUUUGAUUUAUGAGGUCAUAGGGUGGAAUAUGUAGUUGCUUCUGUUACUGACUUUUAUGAUAAAGGCUUUGUUAUGUUGGCAUUGUGUUUCAACUCUAAGCUUUUGAAUUUUCACACUCUUUACAUGUUAUGCAUUGUCUGAUUUAACUGUUUAUUCAGUUAGAUAUAGCUUUUCUUGAUGAGAACCUUCAUUCAAUGAGAUAGCAAAUGAACCCAGAAGCAUUUAUUUAAAAUAACUGAAUGGAGGAAGUACCAUCCGAUAAAGUUUACAACGUCCACAUCUUUUCGUUGCUGUUUCAUACUGUGCUUUGUUGUUUGUGAACAACAUCAUUUUACCCAUGGAGGACACGUAUCUGCCAUGGGCCUUAGCUACAUGACAUUUGGGCUUUAGAAGUAGUUUCAGGAAUUACAUGCUCUGCUUUAGUUUAUCCUUAUGAUCAUUCUCUUUGUUGUGUAGAAGUUUUGUACAAUUGUAGAUUUUAAAGAUUUUCAUUGUUUUGGGGUUUUGUUUUAUUUUUUAAAGGAAGAAGUAACAUUUAACAACAGUUUUCAUGUUGUUAGUGGCUCUUUCCUAGAAUGUUCAAAAUUCACUGUGAAAUUGUUUCUAAAAAAAAAAUAGUACUGUUCUUUGAAGCUAAUAAACAACUGAUAAAUAUCUGAUUUUUUACUGUU